GCUCUUCUGUGCACUCUGCCUAUCCAUGACUGUUGGUGGUCUUACCCAGAAGGGGCUCAAGGAAACUUUGCUGCAGAAACUACAGCUCUCUGAGGUCCCUAAACUUCAGAAGAGAGAUGUAAUGAAUCUGGUUAUCCCAGAGCACAUAAGGAACAAAUACAUCUCCAUGCUGAGGCAUCACAGAGUGAAGAGAAGAGCUUUGCCAAGUUUGGCUGGCAUCCUGAGAGGGAUUCCUGGCAAUGCAGAAGUUCUCUAUUCAGACACCACACGCCAAAAUCUGGUCUUUGACAUGGAGGGGAGGAUACCUGAAAAUAGUGAGGUCACAAUGGCUGAGCUGAAACUUUUCAAAAAGCCCCUGAACAGAACAAACAUCCCUUAUAAGCAAUCUCACAGGCCAGUCACCAAUGCCAGAGUCAGUGUUUAUUGGGUUCAAUGCCAAGCUGAUGGCACCAACCGAACUUCGUUGAUUGAUUCCAGGUUGGUUCCAAUAAUGGAGUCUGGCUGGAGGAAUUUUGAUGUGACCCAAGCAGUACAUUAUUGGCUAAAAACUGAGAGGCGGGGACCGAUGCUACUAGAGAUUUGGAUUGAAGGAGAAAGGCUAGGCAGCUAUGCCUCAGAAAUGGCCAAAGUUGUGCGUUUUACCUCUCAGGACCCUUUGGAUAAAGCCAUGGGCAAACCUGAACUGGUGCUUUAUACCCUCAACCUGGAAGAAUACGGAGGGCCUGGAGACUGUAAGGAGGACACCCCGAAGAAGAAGUCAACUUGUUGUCGGCAGGAACACUAUAUCAACUUCCGAGAGCUGACCUGGACUCAGUACUGGAUUAUUGAGCCGGCAGGAUACCAGGCCUAUCACUGUAUGGGUGGCUGCAUGCAGCCCAGGAACUUGCUACGUCGAUUCGGCUAUGGGGAGAGAACUUGUGCCAUUGUGGAGAGCUCCCCACUUCCCAUGAUGUAUCUUGUCAAGAAGGGAAACUACACAGAAAUUGAAGUGGCUGAGUUUCCUAACAUGAUCAUAGAGAAGUGUGGCUGUGUUAUGGACAAUAUAGCAGUGGUGUAGAGUAAGCAUAUACACCCAGGACCAUACUGCUGCACAGGGAAAGAGGCCACAACAAGUCCUUUCCUUGCUUUCCAGGCCAAUUCAGAGGCAGUCAUAAUCCUAAUGUGUGCUUUCUCUGGGUGCAAGGUGCAGGCAGAUGCUGCCAUCCACAGCAUAUACUCCAGAAAGAGGGCAUAGAUGCAGCAAAGCCUCUCCUUUGAUGCCAGCUGCAUCCUUUGAAAUAACCCCAAAUAAUUUGAGAUAAGUUGCUGGAACUGCAUUUGUUCCUCUUCAGGAAUUCUGCUUGCCUGUGGGUGCAUCUACAUGUGCUAUUCAUGCUUUUUGGCUUUACUGUGCAGUAAAUUUACCUGCACAUGCAGUAGACUAAUUUACUGCACAGUAAAUGCCUGCACAUGUAGAUGGUGAUGCUUUACUGUGCAGUAGAUUAGUCUACUGUGUAGUAAAGUGUCUUGUGUAGAAAUGGUCUAUGUCUUCUGCACAGAGUACCCCUGUAGACAUUGCCCCAGCAUUACGCCCCUCCAUGCCCACCAUCAUUAAUGAAGCAGAUGUGGACAGAGGAAUGCUGCAUGUUUACUAUAUGCACAUGUACAUGCAGGUAGUGUGUGUGUGUGUGUGUGUGUGUGUAUAGAAAUAUGUACAUAAUACAUGUAUACGCAUGUAUGUAUUUUGUUUUCAUGUAUAUUUUCUAAAUAUGGAGCCUGAUUUUAUGCCAGUGUAACUCCACUAACUUCAGUGAAGUUACUCCUGAUUUGUAUCAGUGUAAAAAGCAGUCGAAUUUAAACCCAUAAUGGAACACCUGCAGUUGAAAAAAGGAAAUGACAGUGACAAUUUCCAGCUAAAGUAGUAUCUUGCCAAGUAGUUUUAGCUAUGUGUGGAAAUCUGGUGCUCACCAAUUUUGUCCAUGUCAGUCCUGAACAUCCAAGCACAGUUAUUUUGAAUCACAGACUGGAAGCACUUACGUGUAUAUACUGUAUAACUUGAAGGUGUAUAUUUCUGACCCAGCCCAGCCCAGCCCCUGGCUUGUUUACUUUUCAUUCCAUCCAGGAAGAGCACGCAGCAACUGCUGCAGCGUCCUUAGCCUGACGAAGGGUUUUUGAACCUGAAAGCUUGCUUAAUAACUAUUCUCCAACCAUUUGGGUUGGUCUAAUAAAAGAUAUCAAAUUCACCCAAGGAACCUUGUCCGCCUAUUUCUGACCUUGUGUCAUCAGCCAAGUACAACUUCAGCCUGCAGGCUAAUAUACAUAGUUACAGGUUCUGAUCCUUCAGUCCUGAGGUCAGUGCAAAUGCUGGGAAAAAGGAUUACUCUCACAGUAAGGAUUUUCAGGAUCAGACCUUUAUUUUUUCAGAUGUAAAUUACAGCCAUUCCAAUGUAGGGAUA